UAUGUAACAGGAAGUCAUAUAAAAUACUUCUAUUACGAAAACAAACGGGUUCCACACACUGUAGUUACAAAACGCUUGACUUUCAGACUGUUUUGACCACCUUCACACCAGUCAUGCUGAAAACUGUGGGGCAAGCUCUGUUCUCAACAGGACUGCAGAAUCCUAAAUACACAGCAGAGGAGAAAAAGGGACACGACUAUGAGAUCCGCACCUACCAUCCCACUAACUGGGUCAGCGUCUCUCUGAGUGGAAUGCAGUGGGAUGCAGCCAUAAGCGCCGGCUUCCGCAAACUCUUCAACUACAUCCAAGGCAACAAUAACAAGAAGGUGAAAGUGGAGAUGACGACUCCUGUGACGUGCCGCGUGGACCCUGGAGCCGGCCCCGCGUGUGAGUCUCGGUUCACCGUGUCCUUCUUCAUCCCAGAGGAGCAUCAGGACAGUCCCCCGGAGCCCAGCGACCCCGAGGUGUUCGUGGAGCACAGGAAAGAGUUUACUGCUUAUGUCAGGACAUUCGGUGGUUUUUCCAAUGACAAAAUGAACCGAGAAGAACUUCUGAAACUUAUGGAGAGCCUGCAGAGGGACGGCGUCCAAUACAUUGACAAGCCGUUCUACUCAGCCGGGUACGACAGUCCCUUCAAACUCAUCAACCGUAGGAACGAGGUCUGGGUCCUCAAGAAGGAGCAGGAGUAGGAGGUUUGAAGGUCGCGCUACACUCUAACCACUACAACUGUCUAAUAGUCCCGGUUUGGACUAAAAAAACAAUUAUAUGAUCAUUUAAUAACACUCACAACUCUCAUCAAUGUCCAAAGGGAGAGAAAAAUAAUUGCUACUAUAGGUAGGUUUAGAAAUGAAAUGAAAUGAAAUGGAAGUUUACAUACAUGAAUCCAUGCAUUAUUGUGUUUUACUUUAUUUCCUUUGACUAAAAGUUACUGAAUUACAGAAUACAAAUGAUUACAAGAACUGAAUCAUGAGGUCAUCAUAAAAAAAAAAAAAAAAGAACUGGAUACAGUGGGACAAUACUUCCAGCAGGUGGAGCAAAGUAGUCAGGAAACAUUUCUCUUAAUUGGGUCAUCUUGUCAUGACAAACACCACAAGUGCCUUUUUUUUAAUGAAUGCCUUGUUUAGAAUACGCUAACUGGCUAACUGUUAUUCAUUCAGAUACUCUUAAAGGUCGAAAAA